AUGGGGAGAUUAUACAUAGAGACAGUGAAGAAUAGCGAAGGAGAAGAAGGUGAAGAAGGAGAAGGAAUAAGGAAGAUCUUCAAGUGCAAGUGCUGUAAAGUUGAAUUCGCUUCUCAUCGUGAUAUCCUUUCCAAAAAUUUCCAAGGCCGAUUCGGCCGUGCUUAUCUCUUCAAAAAUGUGACCGAACGAAGAGCGAUUGCUAAUAAGUGGAUUGCAUACUGUUUGCGAUAUUUAUUGUACUUCUUGCCAGCAAAUGUUGGGUUGGAAAUAUUGUACAAUCGCCGCGUCUCGGAGAAAGCUUAUGAAGAGAGCCAGAAGUACAAAGAAGGAAUGUACAUUUUGGAAAAGGAACGGAUGUUGAAGGAGGGCUGGUGA